AUGGCGGCAGCCGACGAGAAGAUCACUCCGGGCGGAGAGGACAAGCCUGGGGAGGAUGUGGACAUCAGUAAGCUGAGUUCAGGGCGUCUAUGCCCUGUGUCCGACGAGCACACGCGAGCUCCCAAACGUCGUGAAAAACGUGAAAAAAUAAGGGCAGAAUUACCGUCUACCCCUGGAAAAGGCAACGAAAACGAUUCUAAUCUCCGAAGCAAAGCUGUGUAUGAGACAAAACUUGGCCCACCCGGUGCCGACAGCGCCCCGCACCCUGGUCCACCCGAGCCCCGGUACCUGCAGAUAGGAGACCACAUAGUGGAGUGUCCGGAGCACCGAGAGAAGUCUGUUUACGACAAACCUGAGGAUGUCCGCGGGUACAAGGAGGAGGGGAAUGACUACGACACACCCGAGAAAAGCUUUGCUUACAAGGCUAAAGCCAAGUCAUGCCGUCGUGGGUGGAGUGGAUAUAAGGGUCACUGCUACAAGUUGAUGACAGACAAAAAAAGCUGGAAAAAUGCGAAGAAAAAGUGUAAACGGCAUGGUGCAAAACUGGCCUCUAUCACAAGCCGUGAGGAGGCCAACUUCAUCAACAGUAUCAUCGCUGGUGCUCCUAGUGGAUAUUGGAAGACUCCUUUAGUCUGGUUUGGACUGCGUCGCGAGGACGGAAAGUUCCGUAAGUUUACUGAUGGGUCAAAGGUCAUCUACACGAACUGGGAGCCGGGAGAGCCUAACAACAAUCGCGGAGUUUUGUCAUUUUUUCCGGCACAGAACUGCGUCGGCAUGUACUCAAAAGAUGGAGUUGCCGACUGGUUUCACCCGGAUGAUGAGGUGAAACGGGGACAGUGGAAUGACCAUCAGUGCAUUCGUUUGCUUCCCUUCAUUUGCAAGCGUCCCAAAUGACACUAAUCCAUUCUGUGAGAGAAACAAAUACAACCUUGUAUCUCCUAACAUGGCUCUAGCUACCGAAUAAAUCACCAAGCGAGCGGAGCAUUAUGUCACCGUAAACAUCUAGGGAAUAGCAGUACAUUAAUGUUAUUAUCAUACAGCCAUUUCAAAGUGAUAUUGUUGACAAGUUGCAAUUCAUCAUUCCUACAAGUGCGCAUUCUUGGCUUCUUGGCCGAUCAUAAAUGCACUGCUUUUGCCUUCCUUAACCGAUGGGAAUGAAGGCGUCUGAUUGUUCCAUGCAACCAUUACCCUGGAAAGCACGUGUUGUUAUCUGUUUGUAACAAUCAGGAGUUGUUUUAAUAGGAGAGCUAUUUUUGUCUGAUAAACUAGAUGGAUUACAAUAACUCUUUAUUCAACACCAUUUGUUCUUUCAUAUGUUCAGUAACAGAAUAGUUCUGGUUUGUGACCCAGUUCACUGCACAAGAAUAUCAUUAGUAUUUAAAGUUUGAAGACUAUAACGUUUUCUUGUACUCUUUGUAUUCCUUGCUAGUUUGGAAGGACUCUUGAAUAUACCUGUGUGACUUUCUACCAUUUACGAUUUCUAAAACGUUACUAGUAUUUGAACGCCUGACUAACAGACAUCAUGUUGCAAUGGAUAGAUUCUCGUAGGGUCGAGAUUUGAAUGGAAGAAAACAAUAUUUCAACGAUUGGAAUGUAAUUUCCAAGAUGAUAGUUGACAGCUCAGAAUGCAGAGUUACGCCCAUUUGAACCUAGUUUUCACUGUUACGGUUGUUUUUACGUACCGAUUGGAGUGAAAUAUGACAUUGUGUCACAGUCACUUUAAAGUCAUGUAAUUUUGAUCAGAUCAUUCGAACCACAGGAAAGGCAGGUUGUAACAGGAAGAUCUUGUGAAAUAUUGCAUCAUGUUUUACUCAUCUUACUUCACUUACUUAACAUCAUUUUAAUGCAGAGAAAUGUGACAUGCAGUGAAAAUUGCACCUGUAUAAUUAUAUUGUCGUUUACCUUUUCUGAUGAAAUGUAAUGGUAAUGACUCACUGUAUAUCAUAGUGAAUAUCCAAUGUAUUCAAUGAAAGGCCAGAUGCAUUGAUUGAUCUUACUGAAUGAUUUUCCUAUGUACAUAUGACGCGCGCGCGUAUAUGAAUAUAACGUUAUAUGUGUGUGUGUGUGUGUGUGUGUCUGUCUGUUUGUGUGCGCGCGCGUGUGUGUGUUUGAGUGCGUAUG